AUGUCGGAGGAGUUACCAAAGAGGCUUUUUAAGGAGGGCGAAGAGCCUCAGGUGUCUCAGAUCAAUAACAACUGCAGGAUCGACUACAUAAUUAAGAAGUUCACAGCGUGGAUGCCAAAGGAGCUGGAUGUUGUGAAGAAAGAUCCGGUGUUUGCUCAGAUUUUUAAGCUUCAUGAAAACGGUCUCGGGUACUCGGCGAGAGUGGUACACAGCUUCUUGUGCAGGGAGCUGGUGACUUACAGCUUCACGAGCUUUGGUUUGUCUUUGCGAGGAGACCACUUCGAUUCUCACUUCAAGAGUACCACGCAGGUUUUGAGGAGGAAAGACGAGACAGUUACACUCUUCGAUCUGUGGAAUAAGGACAAGGACUCUGUCAAGAAGUGGAAGAAUGCAGAUCGCAUACGGCUGAUCUACCUUGCCUUCAUUCUUUGUGUCGUUUUAGCGAGAGAUGAGAAGCAGAAUAUCCCUCUCAAAUACAUCAAGGUGGUCAUGGAUCUUGAGAAGAUUUGGGCAAUGGAAGCUGUACCAAAGAUUGGAAAGCUUUGUGGUAAGAAACUGGACAAAGCUUUUGCGGAUGGUCCUAGAUGCAUCAACUGGAUGGGAGCUGGAAAGGUGUCAUAUCAAGAGAUCAAUCGGUUGGAGGAGAUUUUUACAGCUGAGGAUGACAUGUAUCCAUUCAUCUCAUGGACAGGGAAUAUGGAUAUUAUCCAGAGUGUUGAUUUCCGCAGAGAUGAUGUGGAGGAUGAAAGAAUCAAGGGUCUGAUGGAGCUGAUUUCCGCAAAGAAUGACUUCACUCAGCAUGUUUGGGAUUUCGAAGAAGCUGUAGAGGAAUCUCUAGAUCAGCCUGAUGAAGCAAAUGUGAAUGGUGAAGAGGGAGUGAAUGAUGAAGCAGCUGAGACAGAUGAGAGUGAUGAAACUUUUCAGACUCCAAGAGGAUCAACGAGCCUAGGCGAUACAUCAAAGCAGGGUAAAAAAAGGCUUCCAGAUCGUGGUAUGGAAAAAGGAAGCAUAAGGUUCUCAAUGUUGUUUGAGCAGAGUAUCUCUGCAAUGGAGCAAAGGAUGGAGAAGAAGAUGGAUGAGAAAUUAGAGCAAUUGGAACAUCGGCUAAAAGCUCCAACUAAGGAACCCCGCGUUGAAGUUGAGGAUGGAGAGACGCCUUCUCCGAGCAAGACAACGACGACCCAGCAGCCAUCGUUGAGGAGGUCCACACGCGGGAGUCCAGUGGAUCUUAAUUUCACUCAAGAAGAGGCUAGCUUUCGUGGAAUCAGUACGCAAGGCGUCGAAGGGCUUUCUCAGGCGUCUCAUGUGACCGACUUUGAUCCAUCUCAGACAGCCAAGGCAGAUGACUGGUGGACUCCAAUGACUUCAGUUCGAGGUUCGAGCAAGGCUAAAGCUCGUAAAGACAAUACAGUUCAACCCUCACAGUGGAAGAAAUGGUCUAGACUUGAGCUUACCGAUGAAGAUUUGCCCCAAGAUGGUUCUCCGCAGUCGUCGCUGUAUUAUUUCUCUGAAGAAUCAUGGCAAGGAUUCCACGAAUGGUCUAUGAAGCCCGUACCUUUACAAAUAGGUCCUUUGUGUUUCAAUAUGACUGUCGCACAAAGGAUAGUAUGCGCAGGAAAAUGGCUUGGAAACGAGGAAAUGGAUGGCUUUAUGUUUAUAUGGCGAGUCAAGACAACAUUGAAGCGUUGGGCGCCAACCCGUGUUGCUUUUAUGACCGCUUUGUUCUGCCUCCAACUUGAAGCUGCAUACAACGUUUUCCAUCCCGACAAAAAGUCCUAUAAACUGCCGGAAUUCCUUCUAUCAUACGGGAGAGGAGAGAUUCCAUCUCAUGGGCGGACUAAUGAAGUUUGGGGCGUCGAUGUUGAUCGUCUCUACGGUCCUCUGUUUGUAAAUGGUAACCACUGGAUUGCUGUCUGCGUCGACAUCAUUGAAAGAAAAGUGUUCGCCUUUGAUUGCGGUGGGAAAAGGAAUAGGCAAUACGUUGAGAAGUUUGCUGCUAUGAUUCCUAGGAUAGUGAAGGCCGUUGCACCACCUGGAUCGAGGAAACUACACCUGUCACCAUACACUAUCGUCGAUGUGCCUGUGCAAAAGAGAUUGAACAAGUCUUGUUGUGAUUGCGGUGCGUACGCACUCAAAUACUUGGAAUGCCAUCUGCUUGGUCUCGACAUCAACUUAGUGAAUGACGAAAUAAUUCAAGGUUGCAGACAGAAGAUUGGCGUGGAAUUAUGGGAGGCUACACACGAUCCUGUUUAUGCGGAGGUUAUGAAAACCUAUGUGCCUUCACCAUGGGAGAGGUCUGAGGUCUUCGAUCUGGAAGAAGACUAA